AUGAGUAAGAGUUUUAUUGUGAUAUUUAUUAACUAUAAAAAUUUUUUAAUUUUAGUGUAUUUUUUAAAACUUUUGUUUGAGUACAAUAUAAUUGUUUUAGUAUUAUACAUUUUAUAUUUUUUAGCAUUAUGCAAAUUUCUUAAUUUCUAACAGCAAAAAGAUUAUUUUUAGGUCUUCUAUGUUUUUCGAAUCACUUAUUAUCCCAAAUAGUGGAGCGUUUCGUUGCGACAAUGUUGCUUUCACGUUAUGAAAAGAUUGGUGAACGUUUUCCUUGGAUUGCCGUACUAAUUAUUGUUGCACAGGUGAAUGUGAAUUUGUUAUUUCUUUUUCAAUUUUUGUAAAGGUCAAACCUUUUGUGUUUCUUUACUGUAGUACAAAUCAUUAUGCUCUAAGGAACUCAUGUCAUUAAAUAUGUUUAUGUUACUUAUUAAAAACAAUAUUUUAAAGAAUAACAAAAACAGAUUCAGACAUUUGUAAAAAAAAGACAAAAUAUAAAAAGUUUUGCUAUAAUAUCUCAGAUAUGGACAGUUGGGCUUUGGUAGGACUAAAGUCGAACCUUUUUAGUAUGGCACUUAAGUUACCUAACAGUUGGAUCCUGUAUACCUUUAAAACGUAGUAGAUGAUCAAAAAAUAGCAAUGAAAUAACUCUUAAAACUAAAUUUUUUAACGUUUUGUAUGUUUUUAUUGAUAACUAGCUCAAUAUUGUUAUAAUAUAUAAAAAACUAAUAAUAUUACAUUUACAGUGGUUAUAUGCAGCAUUAACACUAAAAGUUAUGUUGGCUAGAAACAUAUUGUUUAUACGGGUCUUCAGUAGCAUCAUCGAAAUCGUUAUUACUAUUAUAGUAAGUUGCUUCAUUUUAUAUAUCCUAAACGUUUUAAAAACUUUAAACUAUAUAUUUUGAUAUAUGAAAGCAUGUCGCUAGAAAAUGUUAUAGUAAAACCAAAAAAAUUAAAAAAUUUCUUACUAAUACGAUGAUAAGGCCAAAUAAAUUUAAAAAAAACCAAUUUUAGGUAUACUUUAUGUUGCCCAGUAUAAGUCGCAAGAAAUACGAACAAUAUAAACCACAAUGUAGUAAAACCUCAACCAACACACGAAUACGAUCCUCAUUAUCUCUACGAUACCAGACUUCAGAAAAUUUAAAAAUCGCCAAUUUGACUUCCAGAAUCAUACUGAUUCAGAUCAUCUCCAACUCUCUCACACUCACAAUUCAUGGCUGUGGGCGACUUUUCGAACCAGACACUUUCGAAUGGAAUCUGAUUAUGAAGACGUUACAUUGGGUGAUAUACAUAGCAGCUUUCAUACAGCAAUGUCAAGUUAUGCAAGAGAUACGAAUGAAGAAACACAAAGUGUUACCAAAUGCUGUAGUGAUACGGUCGGCUGAAGAGGAACGCCAAAUUUACUUUGAACAGUACAAUCAUAUUUGGAACAGUUAA